AUGUCGGAAACCACAUCAAGACAUGCUCUUGUGAUUGGAGCCUCGGGACUGGCUGGGUGGGCUGUGGUAAACGAGAUCCUUAAGGAAUACCCAACGAAAGGUACCUUUGCCAAAGUCACCGCAGUUGUGAAUCGCCCAUUAAGCAUUGCUCGCGCGCGAUGGCCAACGGCAUCGAACGUACAAAUUCAACUGGUUUCGGGAGUAAACCUGACAGCAGGCUCGUUGAAAGAUACUGUUACUCAACUGCGAGACAAAAUACCAGAUCUGGAGACAGUGACGCAUCUUUACCAUUUUGCAUAUCAGCAGAUGGAUAACCCGGCCGAAGAAGUGCAGACAAACCUUUCUAUGCUGGAAAGAGUCGUUACUGCAUUGACUACCUAUGCUACACGACUUGAAUUUGUCGUCGUUCCUUCUGGAUCCCGUGCUUAUGGCAUUUAUAGCUCGGAUAGAUGCUUCACCGCACCAUUCAAGGAAUCAAUGGGGCGCAUUCCCGAGCCUGAAAGAAGUAAAAUUCACUACUACUUGGUGCAGGACUAUCUAGCUCGUGCCAGCGAACAGCAACGAUGGACAUGGUGUGAAGUGAGGCCAGAUGCAAUUAUUGGUUUUACACCAAAUGGUAGCACUUUUAGCCUAGCUGCACACUGGUUCAACUAUCUGUCCAUAUAUGCUGCAGUUGAAGGAAAGGGAGCCAAGGUUCCUUAUCCAGGCAUAGAAAAGGCAUACCAUAGCUUGUUCAACGGAGUUUCAUCAGACAUGAUUGCUCGCUUUUCAAUUUGGGCAUCACUUCACCCCGAGAAAACAGGCAACGGAGAGAUCUACAACAUCGUUGAUCAGACCCGUCCAUUGUCAAUGAAAACUCAUUGGCCAGCCAUUGCAGGCUUUUUCGGCCUCGAAGGCACAGGCCCAACGGAGAACCAGGAUCCAAUUCUUUUACGGCCGACAGAAUACAUGGAGAAACAUCAAGAUAAAGUGCCAGGCGGUGGUGCCAGUAAGCUCUGGAAAGCGUCCUGGCUCGACGAGUAUGGACAUUGGACUUCUUUCGACCGUCAAUUUUGUGCUGAUAAGAUUCGUUCCGUUGGCUUUGUGGAGGAGCGGGACGCGAAUUCGUCAUGGGUGGAUACUUUUGCCCUUCUCAAGGCAACCCAGGAGGACGCGGCGGAAAAUUAG